AGUGUGUGUGUGUGUGGGUGUGUGUGUGUGUGUGUGUGUGUGUGUGUGCGUGCGUGCGCAUGCAUGCAUGGGCUCGCUUUAACUGCUGUUCUCGUCUCUUCUCUGCAAGCAAGGGAUGGUGGCACACAUGGCGCAUCACGGAGAAAGCACGCCGCUAAACGACGGGAACGGAGAGGUUUCACCGUCAGACCUGAAGGGAGAUUCAGCAGGAAGUUCUCACAGCAGCACAGAUAAUACAUCAACCGAAGAGAGCUCGGAGGAAGAGGAGGCCCGUGAGGAGGAAGAGGAAAGAGAAUCAGACUCGGACUCGAGGCCCGCAGCAGAACAGCCCGCCGCCGAGCCGCUCCAGUCCUGCUGUGAGAAGUGCAGAGCUCUGACGAAUCCCAAGUUCGAGCUCGUCACCCCCAGGAAACUAUCCAGAGAUCGUCUACAGCUGCAGCUGGAGUCUGAGGGAGCGUACGAGUGCUCCGACACCGGCCUGGUGUUCGAGGUCUCUCAGCGCGUCAAGGUCACCUACUGCGUCCUCUCCUGGAGCAAGUUCAGCACAUACCUGACCGGCUCGUGGAAGUUUGCCGGCCCCAUUUUCGACGUGGACUGCGAUCCGUCUAUUCUUAAAUCCGUCCAGUUCCCACACUCGCUGUGUCUGGCAGCAGAUAAACACAACGAAGUGAAGUUCGGCGUGCUGCACGUGAAGAACAGCCGUGGUCAGAUCGAGCCCUCGGCCGAUCACUCGGGCAGUCACGUCAAGUGGAGCGUGUCGUCUCUGUCACCCGUGGGUCCGAUUGUUCAGACGUCUAAAUCAGCAGAACACCACGGGGUGGUGCAGGUCUUUAAGGAGGUGGGCCAGGAAAACUCCUUCUCCUUCAGAGUUUACCUGGCUGGAAACAACUGCUCUGACAUCAAGGACAUCAGGAGGGCCGUCCGGCGGGCGAACAACUGUAAGAACAACAAGAAGUACAUACAAGUGGACAAGCCUCCCACGUGCAUGCUGGAGGAGAACAGGAAGUACCGUCUGAUCAGCGAGCCCAUGGGUCACAUCACCCCGGAGGACAUGCUCUUCUCUCCGGUCAUCGUGGAGGUGAAGGGAUACUUCGAGGUCUUCUUUGAGGAGAGUCCUCCCUUCAAACUGUCCUUGACCGAUGCUGACUCGGGUCAUACCGUGUGGACGGCCACCAUCAGAGAGGGAGACUGUGUACAUCAUGUAGUUGAAAACCCCAGAAAACCAUCGAAAGGCAGAAAGAGACACAGCAGCACGUCGGAGGAAGAGCUCUGUCACAAGAACAGCAAGAAAGCUCGUGGCAUUGACGAGGCCGACUGUCAGGUGACCGCCGUGUCUCCGGACCUGACGGACCAGCAGCUGAUGCAGGUGGCCAAACGCAUGGGGAGGGAGUGGAAGGUGGUGGCCAUCAGCUGCCUGGGCCUCAGCAAGCAGGACCUGGAGGAGAUGGAGGCCGCCGAGGAGAGCGUGACCAUGCUGAAGUUCAACAUGCUGGAGCGCUGGAGACGCCGUCAGCUCAAGGGCAAAGCAGGAGUUCAGGAUCUCCACAGAUGUUUCAAAGACAACGAUGAUGUGCCCAAUGAGGUCAUUGCUGUGCUGGAUGAGAUGCUGCAAAAUAAUGUCACUACAUGAGCUUCAGCUGUGAGAAGAGCGCGAGUCUGGAGUCUGUGAAUGAGUUUCAAAGCUGGCCGAUGGUCAGAAGUCAUUUUAACCACUGAUAGAGAGAGAUGACUGGAAUCUGGAAAAACUGAGCUCUGUAGAUACAUCUGGUGCAUUUUGUAUGUAGCUCUUUGUACAUUUUUAGAUGUUUAAAUGUUUUUGUAUGGACUGUCAGUUAGUUUUGUUGAAUUAUCAUUGUUUUUAAUGAGCAGGGACGGUGUUUUGAUCUCAGGCAGUUUUAGUAGCGUAUGAUUCGUGAUAUUCAUGCAGACGUGAGCUCCAUCGCUGUCAUGUGACUUCAGCGAACAACUGCAUAAGUUUCUGUCACUGUCGAUGCUCUCUCAGGGGAACCUUGAAUAAAUCAUGAAAAUGCAAAAA